GACCCGCGUCAAGAUCCUUUUUUCUGUUAAGCUUCUCUAAUCGCUCCGCCUCUAUCUAUGGCUACGAGUUUCCCAUUUAUCUGACAAGUCGUUCGUAAAUCGGAAGAAUCCAAUCCCCCCUGCCAUGGCGGCUAAUGAUCCACCACACGAGCUCGCUUCCGGGAGCCCUUGCUGCCUCGCGUGGCAAGGUAAGUACCAAGGCAUGAAGAAGAGGCGUGACGCGUGUAAAGAAGCGAUCGAAAUUCUCCAGAAGGCCAUGGGAAUCGCUAAUGAUGAGAAAACCAAUCUCCACAAAAAGCUUAGGGAGAUGGUGGAUAAUAACACGGACAGUAAGGAAAAUGAAUCAUCUUUUGAGAAGGAGAUCUCUGAUUUAAAGUCUUUGCAACAAAAACUGGAGCAGAGUCUUCAAGCAAAAAGUGAAGAAAUAAAAUUUCUUCAGGAUCAAACUUGUACCGGAGAAAAGGAGGUCGAUGAUCUGAAGAAGCUCCUUAAGAAAGAAACGUCAAGGGCAGAUAGUUCUGAGGAAAAGAGGGAACAGAUUUGUAAAGAAUUGAACAAGACAAAGACUCUGCUGGUAAAAUAUAAGGAUAUCAAGCCACGCGGUGGUGAAAUCGAAAAAGAAAUAAGUCUGGUUAGAAACCUUCUUGCGAGCCAGAGGCAGGAGACAGAGUCAGAGAGGAAGAAAGCUGAUCAGUAUCUUUCCGAGUUGGAGGUGUUGAGAACUACGGCUCAUAAGACUAGUUCUGAUCUUGAGGGUGUAAAAAAGCAGCUUGAGUUUGAAAAACAAAAGACUUUGAGAGAGAGAAAACGUGCAGAUAUGGAGAGUGGAAAAGCUAGGGAACAGAUGAAGCUAGCAGAAGGUUUGUCUAAGAAGUUCGAAAUCACUAGAGCUAGAACUGAAGAGCUCAAGAAAGAAGUGGAGUUGCAGAGCGCAGGCAGCAAAGUUAAGUUCGCUGAAAACUCGGCAAAACUGGAAGAAAAGAUAAGGCUCCUUGAGAUGAAUAAGAAAACAGCAACGGACUGGAAAUCUCGUGCUGAUGAUCUGACUCACCAGUUACAAGAGUCACAUUUAGUGGCUGAGGGUUUGAAAAAACAGCUGCAAGAGCUUUCACUCUCACAGAAAUCUACCCAGAUUCACUCAGUUUCUCCACAGAAAGCCAAAGAUUUGGACAAGGCUAAAGUGAGGCUUCUGAAGAAAGAGCUAAAGUUUGAGAAAAAAUGUGCAGAACACUCAAAAAGAGUGGCCGAGUUUGAAAAAAUUCUAAGGGAAUUUCAGGCCGAAGAGAUAGGUGGGUUAAAACUUAAGCUUUGUAGUCUUACAAAUCGCAUGAGUCUACUGGGUGAGUAUUUUUCAAGAGACAUUGAAGGUACAACUGGUCUUGCAAAGGCGGAGGGUCGCAUGAAAAUGCAGAUGCUAGAAUCCCAGAACAACCGUAAUGGCAAAAAUCAUUCUGACGCGAAGUGCCAGUUAGUAGCAAACUCUGGUUCUCAGGAGGAGGAGGAGGAGGCUCGCAGACUUUCUACUCAGUUUAUUGCUAAAUCCAAACAUGGCGUGAGUGGAUCUGUCUCAGGUACUAUUUCUCAACUGGAGUCUCCUACUGGAGGUUCUAGAAAAUUACAGACUUCUCGAGUAAUUCCAGCAAGACAUCUUUUUUCUGAUAGGCAAUUACUGGCCUCACAGGGAACAGAGCAGUUCACUAUUACUACUUCAGCGGAAAUAGCUAAAGAUCGACCGGAUAUCCAACCAACAAAAUCAAGUAUGUUCCAGAGAAUGGAUACCAGGACAAAAGGAAAUCCUUGUUUGGUGGCUAAAAACUAUCUUCAGAGACGUCAGAGAGAUAGUCAAGAGGUAGCUAAUGAGCACUUUCGGAAAAGAAAAAGAAUGCCAGAGACAGUUGAGUCCCGCAAGCACAUGUGCCUCUCUACUGCUAAAGGACAUGGAUCGGUAGCAUUGUUUCUUGAGAACGUUGUUGCUAUAGAUUAUAUGAAGUUGCUGGAGUUGGAUAAUCCAGAAGAAGAAAGUCAUUACAAGAUGGCAAGAGAAUCUCUCUUGUCCCCUGAUCUUCCCCAGGUAAACUUUCUAGGUGUUGAUGUCGUGAAUGAGGAAAAAAUUCUUACUAUGGUUACUAGUAAUAGCGUGGAUUUAUGUGUCACCAUAAAUUCUAGUGAACCUCCUAGUCUCAACACUCGAAAUGCUUCAGUGACAGUCAAAAGGCCACGUGAGUCAACAAUGUUGCGUAGUCAUAUUCUUAAACACUUUGUUGUGUUUUCAAAUAUGGAAGACCAGAACAGUAUCAUCAAAAUUUUCUAUGCUGCAAACAAUUGUAUUCAGCGAUGCCCAUCAGCUACUAGAGCCCAGUGGGCAGUGCCAUCGAUCCUGUUCUCUUUGAAAAUGGAAGAAAACCUUUCAGGGCGGGAAAGGGUAUGUGUGUUCCUCUCCUUGCUGCUGCAUAACUUCUCUACUGUUUUUUCGAUGAAAAUUGGGAACAUUCUGGAUGAUGAUUCUUGCUCCUGCCUGGAUUCUUUGUGGAAGCAAAUAGCUGGUGUUAUGGCUGAUACUGAAGGUGGAGGUAUUAUUUCUGAAUUUUUGGAAGAGCUCCUUAUUCUUCUUCAAGACCUCCUCUCCCAGCAGAGGGUAUUGUAUUCUGCUAGAUCCUCAGAAACAACUGAAUCUGAUUUAAGCAUCCCUGUGACGAUGAACGGAGAAAAUGCAACUCUCGUCAGCAGAAUCGCUCUAAUUGAUCAUUUGGUGGCUGGAAGUGCUAUUUUGGCGGCAGUUUGUACUGCAGUCGACCGUGUUGGAUUUAUCUGUGAAGCUUCCUUUGAGAUCCUGCGCAAGCAAAGUCAUGAGGAAACCUCAGUGACACUGACCAUUCUUCACGUUUUUGCUCACAUUGCUGGAGAGAAACUGAUGUCCUCCAGUGAUCAUGACAUAUCAAAUGCAGUGUUGAAAUCCAUUGUGAUGUUUCUAGAGGAGAAACAUUUCGGUACUGUGGAGGGAUACACUAAGUUGCACCCAGGCAAGAACAACUGUCUGUUCUCAGACAGGUCUUCCUCGCUGGAGGCUAUUGCAUCGAUACUCAUGGAAAUUAUUCCGGAGUUUGCUCAGUUCAGUACUUUGCAUCAGAGCUUGACCGAGUUUAGGCCGGAACACAAAAAAUUCCAAUUAGUAUUGGCCAGCGAUCAAAGUGUUACUCUUUGUGACAUUCUGUCAUUGGUGGAGCUUAUUGGUUGUUACACGGAAUGGGAUUGGACUAGUGAGAACAUUGUUGCUCCACUGCUUAAGAUGUUGGAAAUGCCAUUGUCAAUGAACUUUGCCGUUGCAGUCGUCUCCCUUCUUGGGCAACUUAGCAGUAUUGGAGUGGAUGCUGGUGGCUAUGAAAACGAAGGAAUCUCAAACAUAAGGGAGAAACUGUCAGCGUUUCUGCAGUGUGAGACGACACUAAAAGCUGGUUUUGCAGUCCAGAUAACAACUGUGUGCUCCCUCCUGAAAACGCUUGAGCUGGAUAUUUCAACGGUCUUUCAAGGCAAAACCAUCAUGCUUCCGGGAUGUGGUGGCGAUCAAAGCUUAUCUGCUUCAGCCAAUCUGGUCACCAAGUUGUUCUCUUUGUUGAGCGACGAACAGCGAGUUUUCACAACCGAGUUUUUACAAUCCUCUGCUCUUCGAUGAUUCCUUAGUUCAAAAAAAAUUGAUCAAAAUCAGUAAAGUUUUGGGUAUGUGCUCUCAUUGUUUGGUUCUUCAUAGACACAUGUCUUUUGUCUCUGGGAUGCAGAUGUAUGUAUGAUGAUCAGUUUCUGUUAAAUAAUUCAGUGCGUCUUCUUUUUCAA